UUUCCAUCCCACAAAAGGUGUUGACCUUCUCUUAAACUUGUGAUUCGUGAAGAACUCUUCACUCUUCAGUCUUCCCCGCACAUAUCUCUCCCCCUUAUGCACGACUUUGCCUAUAGACUUCACUAUGCCUUUGGACUUUGGGUGAAAGCGCGUGAAUCCUGACGAUUGAAGAAGUGUGAUUUGUGAAGAACUCCGGCCGGCGAUCGCAGUCGGUGGGCCUUUCCGCCUCUUUAGCCUCAGACUCCAAUUCUCCAAGUCUGCCUUGCACUACAGAUUACACCUCUACGGCUCUAUUUCGUGUUCUCAAUGCCAUCAAAUAUGGUAGAGGCUAAAGUCACACAAGUGAUUUUAUCUUUAUUAUUUGUAUUAUAUGGAUUAUCAUCUUCAACAACAAGAUCAGUUUCAAUAUGUGCGGAGUAUUACAAUGAAGGCGGAGCAGCAUUGGUUUUUCAAGCUCCAGAAUGUGGAUGGUAUAAGUCAUACCAUGGAACUUCCCGAAAUCAUACGAUGAAAUGUCAGUCUGCUACCCUUCAAGGGCAAAGAGAGUACCAAGAGGAUCGGGUUUUGUGUGAUCUUGAUGUAACAAUUCCUUUCUCUGACAAAAAUGGGCUUAAUCAAGUCAAGACAGUAGGAAUUGCUGCAAUUUUUGAUGGUCAUCUUGGGUCUGAAGCCAGCGAGAUGGCUUCAAGUCUUCUCAUCGAUUUUUUUCGAUUGCACGCACACUUUAUCCAUACAGAUAAUUUUGGAGUUAACAAGCACCUAGCAAGUUCUGAUCAGAAGCAAGCACUGUACAUUUUGAAGGAAGCAUUGGUGAGGACAAUCCAUGAUAUUGACUCUAAAUUUACCGAAGAAGCUAAAUUUGUCUCUGGAUGUACUGCCACGGUUGUUCUUAUUGUAGAUGAUCAUAUUUUGGUUGCUAAUGUUGGCGACUCAAAAGCUUUUCUAUGCUCUGAAAAGCCCAUUACUCAACAGGAAGUUGAAGGAGGCUCCAUAUUGGAGUAUGUGCACAAGAGAAAAAACGGUGAAAAACAUCCACUUAGGGACUACGAAAAUGGUAAAUGGACUCAUCUCUCGGCCAAAGAGUUAACAAGAGAUCAUCAUCCAGUUCGGGAUGAUGAGCGAUUGCGGAUAGAAGGUGCAGGUGGAUUUGUAUCUUUUUGGUCAGGUGAUGUUCCUCGGGUUAAUGGCCAAUUAGCUCUGUCUCGAGCCAUUGGUGAUUUACGCUUGAAACGGUAUGGAGUGAUAUCGGAACCAGAAGUGACAGAAUGGCAAGCCUUGAAUGCAAGUGACAAGUUUCUGGUGGUAUCAUCAGAUGGGAUAUUUGGAAGGCUUACUCCGCAGGAUGUUUGUGAUCUUAUACCAUAUCCCUGUAGAAAAGGAUUCAGGCUAUUCACUUCAUUUCAUGACCCUGAAUGUAUAAUAGAGACCGCGUUCGAGGAGGGUGGCUCUGAUAACUUGUCAGUCAUUUUGAUAGAGAGAGAUUAGUGCAGUGCAAAUACAUUAGGCGAGUGAAGAAGAUAAGCCCAACUCGUUUAACAAAGGCUCUUAAAGAAGCUCACACUUUACAGGCGAGCUCAGCCCAAUCUACAAUUGUCUAACACUUUAGUUUAAACGAUAACUGUUUCACAACGGCUCUUUAGUCAGAUUUGCAGUGUCUCUAUCCUGAUUUCUUUGUGGUACAUCUGUCAGGGUCUUCAACCGUCAACUUUCUUCUCAAAAUCAUCUAUAUAUGCUCUGUAAUAUAUCUAGUUUAUUUAUCUCAAUGGAAGUCAUCUCAUCUUCUUCUUU